UUGGCUACUAUCAGUCAUGUGACCAAAACACAGCGAUGGCGGCGUCCGCUGCAGUUCGGACGAGCAUGGGGCUGACUUUGAGGUUGUCUCGAGUUAUUCCAGAUUGUAGCACGUGCCCAUUUUACAGAUUAAAGAGCUGUGGGAACAGCAGCGCCAGUUUACAAAGGAGGGGCUCUUUUGACAGUUUCCGGACCACAAACCGACAUUUACAGACGACCAUAGGUCUUUGUAGGGAAGAGGACAGCUCUACUGCAGAGGACCCAGAGGAAGUAGUCAACGUGGUGUACAUAGACCGGUCUGGCCGGAGGAUUCCGGUGAAGGCCAAAGUUGGAGAUAAUGUUCUUUAUUUGGCUCACAAACACGGAAUUCAUCUGGAAGGAGCUUGUGAGGCAUCCCUGGCCUGUUCGACAUGCCAUGUUUAUGUGAGCGACGCCCAUUUUGACAAACUGCCGGAGCCUGAAGAGAGGGAGGAUGACAUGCUCGACAUGGCGCCCAUGCUUCAAGAGACCUCCCGGCUGGGGUGUCAGAUCGUUCUCACUCCAGAACUCGAUGGCAUUGAGCUGACCCUUCCCAAAAUCACCAGGAACUUCUAUGUGGACGGUCACGUUCCAAAGCCUCACUGAAUCAAGGGACCCAACAUGGAAACUGAGGAUUCUGAGGCUAAAAUGCAGGGGUUGCUGUGAGAAAGACCGAUGGACGACCGCGUUUGAGAGCCACUGAAAAAGGCAGAAGGAAGAAAGUAUGGUCCAUAGCUUCUCUCAACACGAUUCGCCAACUGACAAGAUUCUGCAGUUUUAAUGUCAGGAUAGUUGGACACUACGUAUCUUCUGAGGUGACAUAAAUGGUUAUAUGCAAAAAAAAGAGAAGUGAUGAACUGAUAAAGCAUCUGUUUGUAUCUCAGGCCAUCUUACAGACAUCCUCUGAGACUGGUCACUGUUGAAACCACGCACACUGCCGAGCAUAUCCAGUCUCCGCACUGCAGGAUGGAGCAUUCCUUGUUACAGCUUCUAUACGCACAAAUGUUGCAGGAUGUCGACCGGUUCAUUUGUGUCCUGGUCCACUCGUUGUAGCAAUCUCCUCAUGUGUUACAUUCAUUUAAAAGCAGCGUUUUAACAAAGUACCCUCACAUCACCGCUGGUUUCCUGCUGUUGGCUUUUUAAGCCAGACAAAAGAAGCCAUAAAGACGCAUAUUCCAUUCAUUAAAGCGGAAUCUCCACAAUCCAGAAUUUACAAAGUAGAAACUUCUAACAUUUCAAAACGACGACAGUACUGUGUGGGCUGGGGAUGAGAUUUUUCUUUCCUUUCAGCUGAAGGUGAUUAAGAUUUUGAGUAAACCAGUUUCAGGUGUUUGGAUCCAAAGCAGGAAGCUGGUAGGCUUCACUUUACCACUUUACUCUCCUGCAGACGGUACCGCAGUCGUUUUGUGCAAAAAUCAAGAUGUGUCUUAAUUGCAAACAUUUAAAGUUGUGCAAUAAAAUUAUGCUGAAAUAAAAGAGAGCUCUAAACACCA